AUGCCAUUGUCAAAGACCCUGGCUCAAACAUCCCUUGCAGCAGCAAUCCUCGCGUCCACAAUAGGGACAUACAUUGCCCUCUCGCCUCCAAACCCCAGUACACACGCAACGCUAUCGACAGGUGAUGCGAUUCGCUCGCUGCAUCUCACAGGCAGGCACAGUACGAAAAUAGCUCUUGCUCCGCUGGGGCUCCUGUCUCUACACACUUCGAGCCUGGUCUAUUUCCACCCAAGAAUACCGUCUCUCUUACUUGGUCAUGGCGCCGAGAACGGUCUCAACGCAAACCUCAUAACGUGGUCGGCGGCGACGUCUAUCCCGCUGGCACUUAUCUUGUGCGCUGGAAUCCCGCUACGCCUGGUAUCGUACGCUUCCCUGGGCCGGAACUUCACCUUUGCAUUGAUGGAACCGGACCGCCUGACCACGACGGGAAUCUAUGGCUAUGUGCAGCACCCAAGUUACACUGGAAUUGCCAUUCUUGUUCUCUGCAACGUCGCUUUGUUGUGCAGAUUCGAUGGAGCUCUGAGCUACUGGAUCCCACCAACAUGGUUCCCUGUCAUGCGAAAGCUAGAGAAGCUGUUCUUCCCUGUAGGGUUGUCAGUGCUCCUGCUUCCACUAUGGACCAGAGUGACGCAAGAAGAGCAGAUGUUGAAGGCUGAAUUCGGUGCCGAAUGGGAGAAAUGGCACUCGACGACAUGGCGAUUCAUCCCCUGGGUCUUCUAG